AUGGCUGCUUUACCUCCACCCACCUUUCAGAAUCCAGCAGCCUCUACUCCAGUUUCAAGAGGUCUCAAAACUGGGGAAAGCCAAACACAGACGCAACUAAGCAAGUUGCUGCCACCACCCCGGGGCCCUGCCAGGGUCCUGAGGUACGGAGCAGGGGGAAGACGAACCGAGCUGCGACCAGGUCUCUAUACCACGGCUGGUACAAAGCCGACUGCCUGCAAAUCAACUGCUGGUAAAGCACCCAGGAAACAACUGGCUACAAAAGCGGUGCGCAAGAGUGCGCCCUCUACUGGAGGGGUGAAGAAACCUCAUCGUUACAGGCCUGGUACUGUGGCACUCCGUGAAAUUAGACGUUAUCAGAAGUCCACUGAACUUCUGAUUCGCAAACUCCCGUUCCAGCGUCUGGUACGAGAAAUUGCUCAAGACUUCAAAACACAUCUGCAUUCCCAGAGUGCAGCUAUUGAUGCUUUGCAGGAGGCAAGUGAGGCUCAUCUGGUUGGCCUUUUCAAAGACACCAACCUGUGUGCUAUCCAUGCCAAACGUGUAACAAUUAUGCCAGAAGACAUCCAGCUAGCACGCCACAUACAUGGAGAACGAACAUGCUUAAGAAUCCACUCUGAUGGGAAACGUCUGACCUGCCAGUUAGGAUCAUCUUCCUUCUGUGAGGAUCCCGAGAUGGCGGUGACUGCAGUGGUUGGCAUGGAGUAG